AUGACAUCUACCCUCGCUACCCUUCGAAUUGCUCUGACUGCGCUUUUGGCAUCAUGUACCUUCCAUACCGCGCAAGCCCAAGGUGUCGUGUCGACUGCGACUAACGGAACGGGCCCGUUGUCUCAAUUCAGAUCCAGACCCGACAUCUACGCACCUUUCCUGAACAUUUCUCUCUUCGACGAAGGUGCGGUAACUCCUGGAUAUAUUUUCCUGGGUCCGUACCAGACGUUUCAAGACGCGAUCUACAUCUAUGACAAUAGAGGGAACCUGGUGUAUUCGGGAUAUGGCGCGACCGGUGGUGGCCCAAGCCACAAUUUCCACGUUUGCUCAAUCAAUGGCACAGAAAGCCUCUGCUACAUAACCGGCGGUCAGAAUGUCGGAUAUGUUCGAGGCUAUGCGGUAGUCCUGGACGACUCUUUCACGACCAAAACCUCGAUCCACUCGCAAGCGGGCGUGGCCAAUUUUGACGAGCAUGAAUUCAACGUACUCCCCGACGGCUCGUCCCUUUUUACGCUCUACAAUCCCCAGCACUAUGACCUCUCGGCCUACAAUAUCACGUCAGGCCAGGGCUGGAUCAUGAACAGCUUCUUUCAACGUAUCGAGAUUGGGACUAGUCGAUUGCUCUUUGAAUGGUCUGCCUUGGACCACGUCCUGCCCAAUGAAACAUUCGUGCUGCCAGAUUCGACCGAGGUUUCGGGAAAUGGAUUUGGACCGACAACCCCCUGGGACUAUUUCCAUAUCAACAGCGUCGAUCAGAAUGCUGACGGAGACUAUUUAGUCUCCUCACGCCACACUUGCACCAUAUACAAGGUGUCUGGACAAGAUGGCCACAUCAUUUGGCGGCUGGGCGGGAUAGCCUCCGAUUUCAGCUUCCCACCAGGCCUCAAUUUCAGUUUCCAGCAUGAUGCGAGGUUCCUCGAAGAAAACGAGACCACUACCGUCGUCUCGUUGUUCGACAAUGCGUCAAAUGGGUACAACCAAACUUCCAGCUACUCUUCCGGACUGGUUUUGGCGCUCGACCAUACCACGAGCUCGGUCACACUCCUUCAGAGGUUCAUUGCGCCGUACCAAUUCAUCUCCCAGUCGCAAGGGAAUCUGCAGGUCCUUGGGAGUAAACAAGAUUGGUCGACUUCGAACGUUUUCAUGGGAUGGGGCAAGAAUGCUUUCAUAUCCGAGUACGCGCCUGACGGGCGAAUGGUCCAGCAAGGACACUUCGCUACAGAAGGAUCAAUGCACUACCGCGCUUUCAAGUACAACUUUACCUCCAAUCCCACCGAUGCACCUGCUCUGUACACAUAUGCACACAACACCAGUGCACCGACGUCGUACUGGAUGAGCUGGAAUGGUGCCACGAAGGUCGCGCAGUGGCGCAUUUACUCGAGUACAUCGCGUAACGGGCCUUGGGUCGUUGUCGGCACCGUCCAGAGAAAUGGGUUUGAAACCAUGUUCACUGCGCCCAAGUACCAUCCUUGGAGUUUGGUCGAAAGCCUCGAUGUCAAUGGCAAACCAUUGAGGAACAGCACCAGGCCCAUCAAGACUUUUGUCCCCAGCGCGCAACUUGCUGCAAUAUGCAAUGGUUCAGGUUGCCCGACAGCCAGCACUUACAGUAAUGCAUCACACAGCUCAAGCCAGCCGGUCUCCUCGUCGAGCAGUUCGGGCGCGGAUGCCUUGCCACAAAAACGAAGUGGUGCGGAUGGCAAGCUCGGGUUUGCCGCCAUGUUUGGUGUUGGGGCAUUGAUGGUAUAG